GCAGCCGGUUGCCUCUGCGCUUUGGAGAGAGAGAGAGAGCGAGAGAGAGAGAGGGGGAGAGGUGCCGGCAGAUUCCGCGACCGAGCCAGCGCAGCGGCGACAGAGCGGGGAAAGAAACGUCCCGUGCCCCGCGGAGACCGGAGAGCAGAAGAUGGAAACGGGUCACAUGGAACGUGUGCAUCUCCAGGGAUAAAGGCAGGGGUGCAUCGAGAUUUCUUUAACGGGGUGGAAGCGAUGCACACUUAGCGAGGAAGCCUUUUUACUGCACGGAGCGUUGCAUUGUACCCACAAACCCCCCCCCCACGUUUUAUUUGUUUUGUGGCAAAACUUGGUGCCCAGCAAGAGACUGAAAGCAAUGUUGCCCCUCUUUGGAUACCGCUGAAAGAGGGGGCAAUAAGUUUUUUUUCUCUCGGGAGAGGACUGGGAGGCGAUGCCAGCGUGAGGCGUGUGGGGAGGUAAGCCAUGGAAAAUUACACAAAAAUCCGCAAAAGCGAGGAAGAGAGCCCCUUGCCCUUCGCGAACCUGCCGGAGGACAUCGUGGAGAUGCGGGUCAAGGAAGGAAGCAAGAUCAGGAACCUGAUGGGGUUCGCCAUCGGUCGGAUGGAGCUGGAAGGCACCCGGCAGAUGGUGUUCACCGGCUCGGGCAGGGCGGUCACGAAGACCAUCACCUGCGCGGAAAUCAUGAAAAGGCGAAUCAGGGGUCUCCACCAGAUCACCAGGUUGCGCUACAAGAGCCUACGGGAGACGUGGCAACUCCGCGAGCCCCAGGAAGGCGCCCACAACCUCACCCUCCUGAAAAACGUCCCGGCGAUCUGCAUCCUCCUGUCAAAAGAGCCCCUGGACCCGAGUGAGAGUGGCUACCAGCCCCCGGACGCUGACGAUGGUCUGUGGGUUGGCCAGAGAGACAGAGAAGUCCAGGAGAUGGAGGCCACCUCGGCUUCCAGGGGCAUCAAGCGCACCCUGUGUUGCGGGAGUCAAGAAAUGGUUAGAAAAGUCACAAGGGAAGAUCAUCAAGUCGACCCCUCCUCUAACUAUAACUACCCACUGAACUACCAGCAGUAACACUGCAUUCACAGUAGAAGAGAGAAGUACAACAGAAUCAAUGAAAACUACAUACAAAGAUUGACAAGCAACCCUUGUGCAAAAGAAGACAAAUUGUACAAAUAAAAAAGGACAUAAGUAAUACUAAGAACACAAGUUAUAGAGUCCUUGAAAGCGUGUCCAUAGGUUGUGAAGUCUGUUCAGAGUUGAAGUGAGUGAAGUCAUUCAUGCUGUUUCAAGCGUCUGAUGGUUGGAGGGUAAUAUCUUCAGAUAUCCUCAAAGUCUCCUUGAAAAAUGGGACACUCCCACAAACCUUUUGGGAAUCCCCAGUCUACAACUGCUCUAAAUGGAUAACGAGGCUUGGGAAUGGCAUUGGUAACCAUGCACAAGGAACACACAGAAACUGAGCAGAAACAAUAGAUAAAGCUGAGCACGUCUACAACCUGCCCACCCGUCAGGCACAUCCUACCCCGUCUGCAGAAGCAUCUUUGCUCCACGUUGGCCUCAUUUAUCCCACAGUGGAAGAGAGCCACACAUUCAAAAUGCUGGAAGACCUCAACAGGUCAGGCUGCACCUAUGGAGGGAAGUGAACAGUUGACUUAUUGGGCUGAGACCAUUCAUCAGUACUGGAAAGGAAAGGGGAUAAAAACAAAAUAAGAAUAUGGGAGAGAGGAAGGAGUACAAGCUGGCAGGUGAUAG